GGUAUACAUAUAUACUAAUAAUAAUACAUUAAAAAUAAUAAAUACUCUAAUAAUGAAGUCAGCAUCCUCUCAUUCUAAAACAAUAAUGAUGAUAAUGUGUACAACAUUUAGGCUCCUGUAUAGGCCUACACCAGGAAAAAUAGAAAAUGUUGAAAGAAGUCACAUUCAAGUAUAGUUAUAAUUAAUGAGAAUGAAUGAAAAUGCAUCUUACUGUGACUUAAUACGUGCUUAAGGAUAUUAAAUGGAAUGAAUAUAACAUUUAAGUGAGAUGGAGCUGUUGCGGUGAGGGAGAACAGACCAGACAACAAGGGUUGCAGAAAAAACCUGAUGUUUAUUGACACGGGGAGAAAAUAGACAAUACAAGAGAAAAAAAAACAAGGGUGUCGCCAACCAAAAGAAAUAAUCAAGUGGUUAACAGCGGUCUGGGAGGUGGGCAAUGAUAACGACGUUCACACCAGCAUACAGAUGGGCACAUACAACGAACAUGUGAAAAUUGUAGCACGCUCUUUCUCCAUCAGGUUAAUUACACAAGUGUGUCUAACAAAUUCACAGGAAUGCCAUCUCAAUAAACCACAGACUAAACGAACAGUUCAAAGACACGUUGGCUGGUUGGCUGGCUUCUAGCACAACAAAGGCACAACAAAGUUGAGGUCCGAAGCCCAAACGCUCACUGCAGGUGUAAAGCCGCCAAAGCCUUUCAAAUGAUCAGCAACCCCGUCAAAACAUAAUGACAUCACCAAGAUGAUUGAUGGUUCUCCGGUCCAAUAAGAUCACCCUAAAAUAACUAGAAAGCAAGAUAACAAAAGAGACAGAACAACAAACUAAACAAAAUACAAAACAUACAUGGAACAGAACACUCAUUUAUACAAGAAACUAAAGACAUCAAUGUCUUAAGGACAAUCUAGCAUCCUACAUGACAUACCAAUUAGUCCAUUAUUGAUGAUAAAAGUCAUUACAUUUUAAUUCGUACAUACAUAACUCCAUCAUAUUCAUUCAAGUUUCUUCUUUUUCUAUCCUUUAGUUCUACAGCAGCUAAUUAUACCCCAAUGUCUCUUUUAAGAGCUACAGAGUGAACAUAGUGUCUUUGGCCCUGUGAGUAUACAUUUUGACACACUGUCAGACACCUUCUCCGUAUUUAAAAAACUACUACUAUACUACUACUACUUACAUUAACAUUAAGACAUAUUUACAUUAGCCAACCAAUGUCUGAUUGUCUCUGACAGACAAUAUCCCAGUAUUUGCAGCUUGAAUUUCUCUGGCAGCCUCUAUUCCAGCAUCUGCAGUAAGUAACAAAGAUUAAGAGUAGUGACCUUCAUGAAUCUUUUGUUUGAAAACAGAACAUCAGCACAUUCAGACAUUACACUAUGGUAUUUACAGACAAACCUAACAAUGAGUGAGGAAAAAAGACGACGUUCAAGGCAAUAUCUAAGAUCCUGGAGAGCAACUAAACGUGUUCUUCAAAAGAUAUCUUUAAAAAAUAACACUGCAUUGGAUAGUCUGGAAGAUCACACUGAAACAGUCACAGAAGGUCAAUGGGAUGCAGGUGAUACCUUAGGUUCCAUGGAGGACACAAUGAACCUUCCAUCUCCAAUGUCCUCUGAAGCAUGCUCAAUGCCCUCUGAAGCAUCCUGUUCUUUGGAAGAAACUGACUGGCAGGAUGACUUGGAGGAAAUCAUGGACCUUGGGGAAAAUAAAGACGAUGCAUCUGACCAGAAAGACAGCAUGGCCAGCUUAUCCCUGACAACAGACCUGGCCUCCUGGGCUUCUCACUUCCAAGUAAAGAACAAUGCCGUUGACAAUCUGUUGAAGAUUCUACAGAAACAUGGCCAUACUCAUCUUCUAUCCUCUGCUCGAAGUCUGCUCAAAACACCUAGGCAUAUACCCACAAUGCAGAAAUGUGGCAUGGAGUAUUUGCAUUACCCACUGCGACAACAGUUGCUGAACAACCUGGAGAAGUACCCUGCUGAAGAGAUUCUGGACCAUGACACAAUUAAUCUGUCAUUCAGUAUUGAUGGCCUGCCAUUGUUCAAGAGCUCAGUUAAAGUUAUGUGGCCUGUGCUCUGUGCUAUCCACCUCAAACCCAUCAUCGUUUUUCCAGCAACAUUAACAUGCGGAAACAAGAAACCCACCAAUCUGACCUUCCUAGAUGAUGUUAUAGCAGACCUCAAAGAUCUGAUGUCUAGCGGCCUUCAGUAUAUGGAGAGAAAUUUCAUCAUCAAUGUUCUCUGCAUUGUGUGCGAUGCUCCGGCAAAAGCCUUUAUACGAGGCACAAAGCUGUGCUCCGGGUACUAUGGCUGUGAUAAAUGUGACCAGAAAGGUCAAUGGUUUAAUAAAGUAACAUAUCCAGCCACAGAAAACAUCACCUUGCGCACAGAUGCGUCAUUUAGGAGCCAAGUUCAGCCUGAGCAUCACAAUGACCAAAAACAACAAGUGAGCUCUAGGCUGCUUCAAAUCCGAGGUCAAAUACCCUCCAUCUUUUCUCGCACCCCUCGAGGCCUGGAUGAGCUUGAGAGAUGGAAGGCAACGGAAUUCCGUCAAUUCAUGCUCUAUACAGGCAAGAUUGUGUUGAAAGGAAUUCUUGAGCAUGACAUGUACCUACACUUCUUGGCAUUCAGUGUGGCAAUGUGCUUUUUAGUUUCCCCAACACUGGUCAAACAGCACUCAGAAUAUGCAAGAUGCUUGCUGAGCUACUUUGUCAGCAGAGGACGAGAGCUCUAUGGGAAUGAGUUCAUCGUGUACAACGUCCACUCAAUGCUCCACAUCGCUGACGAUGCUGUACAUUUCAAUGGUCUGGACAACUGUAGUGCGUUUAAAUUUGAAACGUACUUGCAUUCGGUCAAGAAGAUGGUACGAAGUGGAACACAUCCUCUUACCCAGAUUGCUAACAGGAUUGAGGAAAGACGUGCAUCCACACUGGAAAACAAGAAAGACAGACAAACAAAGAAGAGUAAGGACAGAGCAUUCAUCCUAGACGAUGUCAAUGGCUGUGAGAUCACCAAUGAUGUGGAGAAAGAUGGACACGUUCUUUGCAGGAUAUAUUGAAAUCCUGCACCAUUGUUCACGGAGCCCUGCCACUCAUUUCUUCUGGGGGUGUUCAGCUACGUUAGAAAACAAACGACAAUGAGGUGGAUCCCCAAAAAACGAAUUGAAAAGAGAGCGAUCAAGAUAGAAAAUGAAGAAACAGUGACAUUCAUGGCCAUCUUACACCAGCAGUAAAUCAUGUAUAACAAUGUAGGAGAAUUUUAACAAAUGUAUAUAUUCCUUGAAAUGCAAUAAGCAAUGGAGCAAUCAAGAUAGAAAAUGAAGAAACUAAUUGAAAAGAGGGCAAUCAAGAUAGAAAAUGAAGAGACAGUGACAAUCAUGGCCAUCUUACACCAGUAGUAAAUCUUUUAUAACAAUGUAGGUGAAUUUUAACAAAUGCACAUAUUCCUUAAAAUGCAAUAAGCAAUGGUUUUGGUAAAUUACUGACCUUCCUCAUCCCUUCCUUAGAAUGUAUAUCAUCGUUGAAUUUACGGAAGAAUCGACUGUUGGCAUUGUAGCCAAAAACUGGACAUAUCAAGAAAAUGGGCAACAAUACAGCUACUGGCCACCGUCCAACCAAACGAAAAGGGCAAAAAAGGAAGAGAUUCCAGAUGAAGAACACUGGAUUUCCAGGAAAAUCCGUAUAUUUGCAAAUACUGACAAUUUUGACAAGGCACUCAAGUGGUGCAAAGCUGCAGAAUUGCACUCUGCUGUGGAGACUGAAAUUGAAGACGACACCAACACAAAAAGGCCAAAGAAAAGACCUUUUAGAUAUGAUGACAGUAGCGAUGAUGAGACACCACUGAGAUGCCACCCACUGAAAAAAAAAAAUCAAGAUGGCCCAUUUCCUCGAAAAAAAGCAACAAUUGUUGAGAAAAGGCCAGACAAAGCACCAGAGGCAAAACUUCCAAUCCCACCCCAACAUAAACCAAGCAAUGUCAAAGAUUCAUCACAAAAUCCCACCUGUGACCAUUCAGAUCCCACUCCAUCACAUGAUUUAUCUAAAGAUGUUGAUGAAUCUCCCAUUUGUCAUUCUGUGUCUGUGGAAGAGCAUAUAACUGACGAGGAGAGACAAACAUCUGCAAGGGCUUCUUGGAAUGACCCAAUGAAGAGCGAGCUUAAAGAAACACUGGAGGUUCUGCUCCGAAAGGUAGACAGCCUGGCAUCCACCCAGAGAGAGAUACUGCUCCUACUGAGGAAACGCCAGGGUCAUCAAAGAGAGGAAGACAUCCUCGAGCUCAAAAUUGCCCAGACCAAAGAGGAGCUUGAAGUCCUUGACCACCGCCUUAAAGACUCUGAUUUCAGAAAGAGAGUGAUUCACCAUCUCAGCCUUAUUGGUGGGGCCAAUCCAGGGGAUUGUGUAAGGAGAGUGAUGCGGGCAGUGGCGACAAACAUCGUGUGGAGCCACUUCAGUUUGAAGGGGAAAAGGGAGAAGUUGCCUCUGAUUGACACAACUGUGUGUAAAGUCAUCAAACAUGCCGUUAUGAAAUGCAAAUCCGAUCUUGGAGAGAAGGAUGUAGAGUGCUACAUUUCAGAGACACUGAAACAUGUGCCAGCCCAACUGAAAAAAUAUGUUCAGGAUCGACUGCCUGUAGAAUUGGAGUAGCUUGGACAGUUGGAGUAGCUUGGGCAAUUGGAGUAGCUUGGACAGUUCUGCGUUCAGUUCUGAGUGUUCAGUUUUUCGUUCUUUGUUGAAACAAAUUAAUAUAAUUUUAAUGUGAAAUGUUUUUUUCAAAAUAAAUGAGAUGGAUUUGCCUAAAUUUGAGUAUGCAUCCAUUAUUUAUAAGAUAUUUAAAUGAUGUUGGGCAAAUGAGGACGUUGUCCGCCCUGAAAAUGACCAACUUAGUACCAGCACACGACGUUGUCACAACGUCCUGCUUACUAACUGGCAAC